UUGCACUUUGCCAGGGUCUUAAAGACUGCGGCCCCAGGGCGCCCCGCCCAGUCUCCCGCGCAUCCAGGUCCCCGAGUCGCCGCGCCCCGCCCGCCGCGCCGGGCCCGCCCUCCUGGCUCAGCCCUGGGCCCUCCCGGAGUUAUUUUGAAAGUGACCCUGGGCUCGGGCGCCCGGGGCGCGCGGAGAGGGCGCGGCGGACGGCGGGAACCAUGACAGAAGAUGACCGAGGCAGCGCUGGUGGAGGGCCAGUGGAAGAGUAGGUGGCUGGUGCUGCGCAAGCCAUCGCCGGUGGCAGACUGCCUGCUGAUGCUGGUCUACAAGGACAGGUGUGAACGCUCCAAGGGUCUGCGGGAGCGCAGCAGCCUCACCCUGGAGGACAUCUGUGGCCUGGAGCCUGCCCUGCCCUAUGAGGGCCUGGCCCAUACUCUGGCCAUCAUCUGCCUGUCCCAGGCCGUCAUGCUGGGCUUCGAUAGCCACGAGGCCAUGUGUGCCUGGGACACCCGUAUCCGCUAUGCAUUGGGCGAGGUGCAUAGGUUCCAUGUGACGGUAGCUCCUGGCACCAAGCUGGAGAGUGGUCCAGCCACUCUCCACCUCUGCAAUGACAUCCUUGUUCUGGCCAAAGACAUCCCUCCAGCCGUCAUGGGGCAGUGGAAGCUGUCUGAUCUCCGUCGCUACGGGGCUGUGCCAAAUGGAUUCAUCUUCGAAGGCGGGACCAGGUGUGGGUACUGGGCUGGAGUCUUCUUCUUGUCCUCAACAGAGGGAGAGCAGAUCAGCUUCCUGUUCGACUGCAUUGUCCGAGGCAUCUCCCCGACCAAAGGCCCAUUUGGACUCCGGCCAGUUCUCCCAGACCCAAGCUCUGGGGGGCCCACAGCCUCAGAGGAGCGUGUUGCCCAGGAGGCGCUGGAGGCCCUGCAGCUGGAGAAGCGACUUAGCCUGCUUUCCCACUCCGGCAGGCCAGGCAGUGGAGGGGAUGAUCGAAGCCUGUCCAGCUCCUCUUCCGAGGCCAGCCACUCAGACAUCAGUGCCAGCAGCCGGCUCACUGCGUGGCCAGAACAGUCCUCGUCCUCAGCCAGCACAUCACAGGAAGGACCGGGGCUGGUGGCUGCCCAGGGUCCAGGAGAAGCCAUGCUGGGAGCCUCCAGGCCACCCCUCAAGCCACUGCGGCCCCGACAGUUACAGGAGGUUGGCCGCCAGAGCUCCUCUGACAGCGGCAUCGCCACAGGCAGCCACUCCUCGUACUCUGGCAGCUUCUCAUCCUAUGCUGGCAGCAACCUGGACGUGUGGCGGGCUGGCGAGGAGUUUGGUUCUCUACUUAGCCUGCCUCCUGGAGCCGCUGCCGCCCCUGAGCCCAAACUGUGUGCCUGCCCGCCUGGGGCGGCUGAGUACCAGGUGCCCACCUCAUUACGACAGCAUUAUGACACGCCUCGAAGCCUGCGCCAGGCCCCCAGAGACCCAAGCCCAACUUCUCAGGGCAGCUCUGACCACAGUUCGGCCACGGCGGACUUGGGCGGCCAGGCACCCCCGGGGUGUCCCGCCAGUUGCCUGGGAGCGCGAAGAAGGGGCCAGGCGACAGAAGGCCCCGGCAGUGAAGCCAUGCUGCCCAGUCCAUCCCCUGGCGAGUCCUGGGAAGCAGGCAGCCCCCAUGCAGGGCCACCUCCGGCUUUCUUUUUGUCAUGUUCAGUCUGUGGCGGACUCAAGGUAAAGCCCCCUCCCUGACAGAGCAGGCUGGCCACUGCUGCCAAGGGCUGGAUAUGGCCCCUCCAGACAGGAGAGGGGGGGGCCCUAGCCUCUUUGCAGAGGGGGUGCUCUGUGCUGUUUUGAGAAGCCACCAGACCUGUAGCAAGGGCCUCAGGGGCAGGAUGACAUCCAUAGGGCUGUCCUCCCCUAGGUGGGUGCUCUGGCCGCCAGUGACGAGGCUGGGCAGGGUGGGGCCAGGAGAGCCACUGAUCCAGCUUCUCCCGCUACCUCCUCACCUGUGGAUCAGGCACGGGAGUGCUCUGCCCAUGGGGGCAGGGGCUCCUGCCACGUAUUGCUGCUGGGGGCAGAAGACCUCCGUGGCUGGGGUCAGCUCUCAGUGACGAGGCUUGGCCUCGUCAUUCUCCGUCAGUUCUGCAGUAAACAGACACACUUCCUACCCCAAAUCAAAUCUACCGCAGCUGCUCUAGAAUCCCUAGUUCUGUGAGCCAGCAGCUCUGUGUAUGCAGCCCAUAGACUGGGCACGGUCUGUACGUGAUCUGCUUUACACGUCACCCUGCAGCACCCACAGGUGGGGUCGGUGUCCCAUCCCACGGGGAGGAAACUGACGCUCAGGAGGCUCCAUGACUUGAGGGGCCUGUGACUUUGAACCCCUGCCUCUUUGCUUCAGCCUGCUCCUGGGCUCCUGGAGGACUCUGGGAAAUGGGCUACUGACAGGAGUGUGCAGUAACCCCAGAGGUUGACUUUUCCCCAGGAUCCCGAGAUCAGCUUGCUGGAGGGUCUCUUGCAAAAGCUCCCAGCAGUGUUCCCCUGUGCCUCCUUACUGGGACCAGGAAGCUGGUAGCCAGGACCAGGUGGAAGAAAUCGGGGGCUCCACUGGCAUGUAGAGGGCUCUGGCCCUACCCACAGGUCACCCUGGCUCUGUGUUCAGGUGUCUCCACCCCAGACUGUGUGUUCCCUUGCACGGAGCAGGGGUGCUCCACUUCCCAGUGUCAGGGGAUCGGUGUGGCUGUGCCCACCCUGUGUGAUUCUCUCCAUUGGCACCUGCAGUUCCGAUCCGGCAGGCAGACUCAUCUGUACCUGCGCUGUCGGCCGAUCAUGUUGCUCUGUUGCGUUUUUAAAAAAAUCUGUUUGUAAUUACAUUCUCAGACUGGAAAUAAAGUUAUCUUUUCUUAC